CUGAAAACAUGGCUCCACAGUUGCAAACCCGUACUACUCCUCAGUUUCAAAAUAUACCUUAUCAAUACCCCCAUGCCAGGCAUUCUAAAUCCAUGACUGAAAGUGUGAGAAACCAUUUUUUGUCUCAGAGUAGAAUGAGUAUGGAUUGUCAUAUCCCUAAUGAAUCCUCUUCCCUUGGAAAGACCUAUCCAAAUCAGAGGCCUGAAGGUGAGAUUAACAUAGACCAGGAUGCUGGUCAUUCCUGGUGUUCUGGAGGAGCUGGAUCAAAAGAAAUUCAAUGGGGUUCUUUGGGUAAAGUUAUAGAUUCCCCAAAUCAUCGUGGAAACAAUAUGCCACAGUCCUCAGAACUUGCAAGGCCCUAUACAAAGAACAGUAGCCCAACGGUAUCUGACUAUGCCCAUCCUACCAGGAAAUCCUUGUCAAAUGAAUUAAACUCCACUUCUGCAGUGCAGCAGUUGCUACUCAAAGCGGCUGAGCCAGCAAGGGGAAAUGAAUCAUCUGUGGGGCAAGUUAAGCCUCAUGCACCAUCAUCACCAUUACCAUCUCUCUCAUCAUUGGAGCGACGCUCAGUCAUCUGUGAUCUUUCACCAUCUUGUCUGACCACCCAUGCAAGGGAGAGAUCUUCAGAAGGAGAUACAGUGAGUAUUCUGCCACUAACCGGGUCUUCUGUUAUUCAGCAGUCACCUUCUACUUCAGUGUUAAAUCAAGAGGACAGUAAAGAAGAAAAGUUGCAUAAAGCUAUGUUGAGGGAGGAAGCACUUAAGACUAUGAAGGAGGUCCAAAAUUCUAAAAAGUGUAACUAUAGUCAUUCCUUUACGAAGGGAACAACUAUUCAGCUUCAAAACCGAAUGCAGCAACCCUGUGGUCCUCACCAGUUGGACACAAUCCCUGGGGGGAGUGUUAAAACGGCAAAAAUGCCCAUUCUUCACACCCAACAAGCCCCACAACAACUAAUACCCACCCCUAAUCCUCUGUCUUCACCAUCAUCAAGAUUUCAACUGUACUUCCAAGGCCUAGAUGAGUCAAGUCAUCACUCUACUGGUGUAGAUGGCUUUGGAUUGAGAGAUUCAGGGGAUGGGACUGUCAAAAUAAGUCCUCGACACUCCUACCAACUAUCGCAUCACAAUUUGAACGCAUCUCAACCAAAAAACUCUCAACCCACUAAUAAAUUGCAAAUGUAUCCCCACUCUCACUCUCUCCAACACUUACACAGCUUAAAUGACAGACUUGAAUGGGGCUCAAAUACUAACCAGCCAUCUUCUCAGGAUUUAAUGAUGUCCCCUGAUUCAAGCAAAAAUCAAUGCCAUGCAGGAAUUCGAUCCACACCUGAUGUACUAGCUAAUCCACAACUACCACCUCCUCAGGGCAGUUACUAUAGCAUUGGAAAAAUGUGGGGGCCAUCAUUACCUGGAAGAGAGAACAAAGGGAUAAUGGAGGGCGAUUCCUACCGAAGAAAUGAACCUCCUGUUGCUCCCUCUGGGCCAAUGGUCUUGCCCUCAAUGCCACUAGUGGUUUCCAGACAUCUUGAAUCAAACUCAUCAAGAAUCGUUACAGAAGAUGUUGUCAAAUCAUUUCACCAAAUGUCUACGCCUAUCAAGCAAUCUGAUUCUAGCAGUGUUAGUGGGAAUAGUGGUCUCUUGGGACCUCAGGGGAAAACUAAAAUGGGGGGUUCUGGGGACACAAACCCAUUAAUUAUGAGAAGAAGGGUCCGUUCUUUUAUCUCCCCAAUUCCUGCAAAAAGGCAACACCAGGAUAUAUCCCAACAGCAGCAGCAAAGAGGAGUUUCAAGUAUGCAUCCCUCCCAUUUAUCCAACUCUGAUGUAAAACCCAAUGUAGAUAUUGACCCAUUCAGCCCAGAUGUGCCCAAACACAAAACAGUCAGUACAAGUGAUUCUCUAGACUCUCCUCCACCCUCUUUGGGAAAAAUGGAUGUUCUACCACUUAGAAAGGGAAGGGGCUUGAAGCUGGAGGCAAUAGUACAAAAAAUUACACCCAAUACUAAAAAAACAAAUGAAGAUAGUGAGAGUAAUACUGAUUCAACUUCUAGCUUAUCUCACACAGAAAUGACUUGCAUAUCUGACCUGAAGGACUACAACUCCAGUGUUGGGGAGAAUUUCUCAAGAAUGGAAACUGGCAGCGUGAGUUGUUUGCCAUACCUAAAUGAAGGUAUAUCGUUGGAAGAAAUUAUAUCCUACAGGGAGGUUGAGGAAAUAGGGCCUCUGCCUCCAACUGCAUACCAGUGUGACCCCCAUCAGGACACACACAUCCUGAAAUGUGAUUUGAUAGAAAAGCCUACCAGAACUACAGUUAGGGAUUUGGAGUCUGCAUUAGACUUUGGGAUCGGGGUGCCAGGAGCUCCAAAGUCUGAAAGAGACACUGCAAGAGAUGGGGGGAAAGAUGAAUUAUCCCCUGAUUUCACCCUAUUAGGACCAUUGCCCCCACCCCCUCCAUUGCCUCGCCCUGUACAAGCAACUUCCCCUCCAUCAUCUUCUGCUCUGUCAGAUAUUCAACAUUUCACUACAACUUAUCAGCAACUGGAGACUCGUAGAGAACAUUCAGCAGCUACUCUUCUGAGGCAAAAACUUGAAGAGGGUGAGAUGUGUUUGGGUUUGGAUGAUUAUUCUGGGAGGGAUGUCCUUGGGACUAAGUCACCCCACCACAACCAGAAUCCAAAUCACUGCCUAUUAUCCAUUCCCCCACAAAACCAGCCACAUCAGCAACACAUAUCUACAGGGAGCAUAUCUUCAGUGAAUGGUGAGCCACAGUAUACUCAAACGAAGCCCUCUGAUAGUGCUGUACCGAGAGGAUAUUUUCCAUCUGGGAAGAAAAGGGGACGACCAGUGGGCAGUGUGAAUAAGCAAAAGCGUAUUCAGGGACAGUCACAGAAUGCAUCCCUUAAUGCUUCCCCUGUUACGGAAAUGCCUACAUCUGUUCCUACUGCUACACCUCAAACUGAAGUACAAAGCAUCACCUCUGCAAUUCCUAUCAAUAAAACCAACUCUGACAAUGAAACCUCUAUGCCUCUUACUUCUGUUACUAUAUCUCUGGCAGCAAAAGAAGAGAUUGAGAGUGAAGAGAGAGAGCCAGAAAUGGAAGCAAAUCCUUGCAGACAAAAAGGAAGAAAGGAGGAAAUUGGGAAUGAAACGGAUGGAGUGGUGACCAUGCCGACACAGAGAAGUGUAGUAGAUGUGUUUGAAGGGGAGGUCAAUUCUGCAGGAAUUAGAGGAAACCUGAGUUCUAGUGGGGUUUUUCCAACCUCCCGGAAACCCGUUUUUGCUCCAUACAUUCAUGUAGAGAGAAAGUUGGAGGAGCUGGGAAAUGUAUGCUCCAUUGUAAAUGCUGAAGAUGAAAAGAAGAAGGCAGAGAGUGGAGAAGAGAGGGGAGGAAAGUGGACAGGAAAAGAAAUGGGAGGAGGGCCUGUUGCCUCUAUAAAUCCAACACACACGUCUCAAUCGACUAGGAAUGAUGGAGAAAGGGUGAGGUCAAAAGAGAAGAGAGGUGCAGAAAAGGAAAAUGCUUCUCACAUUCAUUCUAGUCCAACAGGGAAGGUGCUUCCUUCCUCAGGGUAUGUUAUUUCAGGAUCAGUGAUGACUGAGAUUGACGCCUUUGGUCAUCUUCUCUGCUGCCUGUGCAAAAAAUGGGCUAACUACAAAGAUCUUGGUGACCUCUACGGACCUUACUAUCCUCCUGAGUAUGCUUUGAGGUUUCCCAAGAAUCCCUCUGUAAUUAGGCAGAGCCUGGGGCCAAGCAGUGUCAGCACUGUGGGGGCAUUAGCAGGGGCUGCUAAAAUUGAAAUGAAACAGGAGAUCACUCCAGUAGCACUUCAACAAUGCGAGCCUGCCACAGACUCCAGUUUGACAGGAAAUCAAACUACAGACCCAUUGGCUGCUACAUCAACAGACAAGGAAGCUUCUGUGAGUGCACUGGAUAGACACUGUAGUAGUAACAAAGGGAAUAAAGAUUGGGAAUUGACGCAGAUACCUGCUAAUGAGGUGUUGAAACAAGAAGAGCAACCAAAUGAAAUCUCUCAACUGCUAGAAAAUGAACAGCAUGUAGAGGACAUCCAGAAAAGGCCGCAACACAGAAAAUUAACUUCUCAUCCAAGAUUUAAAAGGCGACACAAAUCCAGUGAAGAUUUGCCCAAAACUGGACCCACCAACAGCAAAGCCUUACUGCCCUUUCAACCCCCUCCACCUCUACCACUUCCCAACCAAGAUUCCUCUGAUCCUUCAGCGCCAUUGUCCCUGCUUCCUCAGGUGCCCCUGGACCCAGAUGAAUUGUGGGUACACGAGGGAUGUAUAAUCUGGGCCAGUGGGGUGUAUCUCGUUAAUGGAAGGCUCUAUGGUGUGCAGGAGGCACUAGAUGGUGCCAGAGAGACAUGCUGCUCCCAUUGUAAGGCAAUGGGUUCAACCCUUGGCUGCUACAGUAAAGGCUGCACACUAAGAUACCACUAUUUGUGUGCUACAGAGGCAGGCUGUGCUCUGAAUGAAGACAACUUUUCAUUGCGGUGUCCAAAGCACAAGUUCCCUCAGAACAAUCGGCCAGUGAAGCCUGUGUGUCCAGCGCAAUCGGAGAUAGGUUGAGGGAGAGCAAGAAUGGAGCACCGAAGAGACAGACCUGAGCACACGUCGGAUGGGUGUUAAAAUCGAUGAGAGGAAUCCAGAAAACAAAACUACUGUGUGGGGGAAAUCAUGAAAUCCUGGAGCAAGAAAUAUUUUUAGAAAGUCCCUUUUCUGAAGAACCCUUUUUUUUAUGCAAAACAAAUACCAGAAUAAUCUCUCAUCAGUAAAAACAAAUGAUGAAAUAUUGAUGAAGAUCAAAGGACUGAAGAAUACUGAAGGAGAUGCGGGAAGAAAGCAAAUGAUGGAGGAAAGAAAAACAUGGCAACAGAGACCCACACACUGACACUGGAAAAAGAGAAACUUGCUCCCUUUUAAAAAAAAUUUUGUGAAAAAUGUGGGGGAAGUUUUUGACUAUCAUUUUUUCAUCAUUGUGAAUAUUUAAUUUAUUUUUUAAACUGAAAUACUGGGCAUAUAAGUGGAGAGAAUGGAACUGGGAAUGAGUAUGGGAAAGGACUGCAAGAGCAUGGAGAGAAAAUUGAUGGGGAGUGAGAGAGAAGAGCAGGGUAUUCUUACAGCUAUCAUUGUCAGCAUUUCCAUUUUUAAUACGAUCACCGAUUUAUACUCUAGUCUGAAUGGGAUCUUCUCUAUUUAAAAUAGUUGACUGAGGUUGAUGAACUACUUUUUCCCCCUAAUGUUAAAAAAUAAUGGCACCACAUUUUAAUUGUUUGAGUGGCCUCUGAGAUUAAUAUUGCCUUGGGAAAUGUUGGCUUGUUGCCUCUUGGAAUUUGUGUGUGCGUGUUUGCACACUCUUAUGACUUUGCCUGUAUGAUCCUUUGAAAAAUUCUCCUGUUUUCAUUAUGGGGGUUUUUACAAAGCAGACAGUAUAGAACAUUUUACAUAGAAUUGCUCCCAGAUCAGAUAAAUCAUGUUAUCUUUGAGGAGGAGGCUAGAGAUAAUAAUGGGACUGCGCCCUCAUACUUUAUUGACCCAAUGGGUAUGUCAACUGACAACAGUAAAUGGGCUAAAGAUCCAAUAUAACAAAAGUCUUUUUUGAGCAGUAAAGUGGUUCAAUAGACAAGGAGACAAUACGCUGAGAGAGAGAAAAAACAUUCAGCCAUCUUAAAAAAACAUCAGUUUAAGCUCAAGUGUGAACUCAUCUGUAUUACUAUAGUCAUUAUUUCUAUUGUUUUUUUAUUCUGGUAAAAAGUGACAAUAUCAAAAUGUUGUAUUGGAACUGCCUUGUAAAUAUGUACAUGGAUUAUAAAAAUGACCAAAUUGGGGGAAAAA